AUGGGCAUUGUACAAACAAUUACAGAUGUUGUUACAGAUAAUAAAAGAUAUUAUAGAUGCCCAAAAUGUGGUAGAGAAGUUUGGGCUUAUGGUGUCUAUCAAGGAAAUAUUUGCGAGAACUGUAGUGGAACCUUUGCCCAUGGUUUAUUAAAAACUUUAGAUAAUAUAAGUCCAGGUAUUACCACACGUCUUGAUAUUAUGUGUGACCUUAGAUCAAAGUAUCGUUGCCCAAAUUGUGGAAAAUGGUGUUAUGGAACUGGGAAUUUAGUUGGAUCUCCUUGUUGUUUCAGAAAAUGGUUUAACAUGAAUGUAGCUUCGGAUUAUGCUUGCUCAUUGGAACAAUUCUUAGCCAAUUAUGAUUCUGAUGGCAGUAUUACACUUGAUGGACACAGAUUUGAAAAUAUCAUCCCACAAAAUUGCUUAAGAAGAGCAAAAGAUUAUAUGAUUGUUCAUACAAAAUGGGGUUGUGGCAAUAAUGCAAUUAACAUUUGUUUAAAAAUACAUGGAUACUCAAAACAAUUAUAUUCAUCAGAUUAUGAACAUAAUCCAAUAGGCUGUGGAUGGAGUUGGGAAAAUUUUUAUGAAUUAAAUAUUAAGCCUAACUUCGAAUACUGUGGUUGGAGGGGACAUGAAACAGUAGCUGAGCAGGUUGAAUAUAAUUGGGAUUACAUUGAUGGCACUAAUUAUAAAAACUACUCAUUAAUUAUUAUGGGAGGACAAGAUAUCUGUGCCCACUACACAAUUGUUUUGGGUGUAAGCACAGAUAAAAAAUAUUAUAUUGUCACAGAUCAAAAAUUGCAAAUUUGGCUUGUUGAUUUAUCAUUGUUCAAAAUGAUAAGCGUUUACAAGGCAACAAGACAUAUCAACUUGUAUCAACAGCACUCAUUAUAUAGAGUUGGUUAA